AAAAAAAAAAAAACAUAAGAUGAAAAAUAUUGAAGAAUGGACCACAUUGUCGAAAUAUUUGAUACGGAGGAAGAUACCCUGUUACUGACAUACAGUAUCGUGCCAUGCUGGUGUUUCUGCUGCUCUACUUGUCAUGACUACGCGAUGACUGGCACUUCUGACUUGUGCUGAUUCAAGUUGUGCCUCUCGGGAAACGGGGACCUGGUUCACACCUGGCUGCCACUAUGUAGUAGUUUUGCAGGACGCCUUAUCAGGGGAUAGGAUAAGGUAUAGAGUAUUCAGCCAUGAAGGUGGUAUUCCAUAUAAGCUCUUUUACUGGCUCGCACUGUACAUCUGCAAAGUGCGCUCUCGUCCUUCAACUGCCCACCUUUCCUGCUAUUCAACUCCCACCUCAACAGUGAUCCAACCACACUACGGCCAUUCUGGUGUGCUAUUGAUAAGCGAAAAAGGGAUGAAUACUACCGUUAAGAAGUCACCGCUUCAGGUGGCUAUGAUCGGCAUUGGCCAUCGUGGAUACAAGACCCAUUUCCGUAUCAUCCUCGAGAACCCAAGAGCAUGGACCGUGGUGGCUUGCUGUGAUACCAACGAGAAAACCCGACAGGCGUUUGCUCAGAAACAUCCGAACAUCAAUGUAUACAAAGAUCUCGACGAUCUGCUGAAAAACAACAAGCAGAGGUUAGACUUUGCGAUUGUCUGCGUCCCACACCAGUACCACUUAGAAUGCUGUCGGGCUCUAGCUCAGAGAGGAGUGCCUAUCCUGAAGGAGAAACCCGUUGCAGAGUCACCGGCCGAAUAUCAGCAGCUUCAGCAACUUCCCGUCAAAAUCGGCGUUACUUUCCAGAAGCGCUUUGAGCCACGCUAUCUGGCGAUCAGGGAUCUCAUUUCCCAAGUUGGACAGGUUGCUUCAUUCACUGCAACACUUACAGCCAAUAUCACGGAACUGGACGCCACGUGGAGAGCAACAAGUGAUGUUGGUGUUACUGAAGACUUAGGAUGCCAUAUGUUGGACAUGAUCGUGUCUCUCUUCGGGAGGCCGACUUCAAUCACUGCCCAAAAUACCAAGGGCAUCCGGAUUGACCAGGAAUAUGGGGGAGAUGACGUUUCGAACAUUAUCAUGAACUUUGGAGAGGCAGCAAAGCGUAACAUAGGUCACGUUCAUCUCUCAAGAGUGGCUCACAGGAACGAAGAACGUCUCAUCAUUACUGGUACCCACGGCACCUUUGCCUUGGAAGGCAGAGAUGUAAGGCUGCGAGAUAGUAAUGGCAACGAAACGUUUCAUUUCCACGACACUUCGGAGAAGAAGUAUGUUGUCAACUCGAUGUUGCAACAAUUCUCUGCCUGGGUCACCGGUGCAAAGUCCGAUUUCCUUGCCUCUGUCGCCAAUCUGGAAGAUACCGUCAUGGUGAUGGAAGCCACUCGCCGUGCAUACAACAAUCCUAAUGCCACUGAGACGGUUAUUACUCCCGGAAACUCUGCUGGAUCUUAUGCACAAGCUUCUCUAGCAGGUGCACAUCAUAUAUGGCCACUGCUUUCGCCCGAGUCUGAGGCUGCUGUUGUGCGCCAGAUGCAUUCUUCACUCUCCAUCUACAACAGGUCCGACAUUUAUGAGGUCUUUGAAGAAAAAUGGCUCAAGAUGCAUGGCCUGAAGCACGCUCUUGUAUGCAGCUCCGGGACAAUAGCAAUUCUCCAUAUGUUUGAGGCGUUGGACUUGCGACCCGGAGAUGAGGUUCUGUGCCCCGUAUACACUUUCUUUGCCACGGCAUCACCCUUAAUGCAGUAUGGUGCUGUCCCUAUAUUCUGUGACAGCCUGGAAGAUGGAAACAUCGAUCCAGAUGAAAUACUCAAGCGAGCCACGUCUAAAACAAAGGCGGUUAUCGUGACACAUAUGUGGGGAUUGCCAUGCCGCAUGCGCCAGAUUGUCGAUAAUGCUCGAAAGGUGGACAUCAAGGUGUUGGAAGAUUGUUCCCAUGCCCAUGGCGCGAUAGUGGAUGGCCGGAUUGUUGGAUCCUGGGGUGAUAUGGCUGCAUGGUCGUUGCAAGCUAAGAAGAACGUCAUGGGCGGACAGGCAGGCGUCCUAGCUACCAAUUCGACGGAUUACUACUCACGAGCCAUUCUUCAUGGACACUUCAACAAACGUGCGAAACAGGAAGUUCCACAAGAUCAUCCAUUGCGGAAAUUUUGGCGUAAGUAUAUCUUUCUACUUAAUACCUCAUCGCAUAGAUUCAUUAGUUUUAGGAGCUUACCACUGAAUCUACCACUCAAUAGUGACGGGCCUAGGGCUAAACAUGCGAGCCCACCCACUGGCAAUAGCCCUUGCAAACCAGCAAUUUGA